CCCAAAUUAAAACUAAAACCCAAAUUCUCAUUGGUCUCGCACUCUCGCAGUCUCGCUUUAAAAUCUACUCCCAAUUGAAACCCUAAUUCCCGUUUAGCAAGCUCGCAGAAAACCUAAAGCCAUGGCCGGACCCAACCUUGAGUGUAGGAUGUACGAGGCGAGGUACCCGGAGGUGGACCAGGCGGUGAUGAUACAGGUGAAGAGUAUGGCCGACAGCGGCGCGUACGUCUCACUCCUCGAGUACAACAACAUCGAGGGCAUGAUCCUCUUCUCCGAGCUCUCCCGCCGCCGUAUCCGUAGCAUAAGCAGCCUCAUCAGGGUCGGCCGCAUCGAGCCCGUCAUGGUUCUCCGUGUCGAUAAAGAGAAGGGCUACAUUGAUCUGAGCAAGAGGCGUGUUUCGGAAGAGGAUAUUCAGGCGUGCGAGGAGAGGUUCAAUAAGAGCAAGCUCGUUCACUCAAUUAUGCGGCACGUUGCUGAGACCAUGAGUCUUGACCUCGAGGAUCUUUAUAUCCAUGUUGGCUGGCCAUUGUACAGGAAAUAUGGCCACGCAUUUGAGGCAUUCAAAUUGAUCGUCAAUGAUCCUGAUUCAGUGCUUGAUUCUCUCACUCGUGAAAUCAAAGAAGUCGGUCCUGAUGGACAGGAGGUGAAGAAGGUGGUUCCUGCUAUAACCGACGAAGUAAAAGAUGCUCUAGUAAAGAAUAUUAGGAGAAGAAUGACACCCCAACCUUUGAAGAUUCGUGCGGACAUUGAAAUGAAAUGUUUUCAGUUUGAUGGUGUCCUGCACAUAAAGGAAGCAAUGCGUAAAGCCGAAUCUGCUGGCAACAAGGAUUGCCCUGUUAAAAUUAAGCUGGUUGCUCCUCCGGCUUAUGUGCUAAACACACAAACUCUUGACAAGGAACAAGGUAUUGCAAUCCUAAAUAAGGCAAUUGAGUUAUGCACGAAAGAAAUCGAACAAAACAAAGGAAAACUUACUGUCAAGGAGGCACCAAGAGCUGUGAGCGAACGGGAGGAUAAAUUGCUUGCCGAGCAGAUGGCCAAGCUUGGACGUGAAAAUGAAGAGGUCAGUGGUGAUGAGGACAGCGAAGAGGAAGAAGAUACUGGAAUGGGUGAAAUCGAUCUUGAAAAUUCUGGAACUGGCAUAACCGAGUGAUUUGGGUUCUUGUUUAGUUCAAUAUUUAAAGAGUUGGACCAGAUUUUCGUUUGUACCCUGUUCCUCCAUUUUUUUCAACCUGAGUGCAGUGAUCUCAUUGCAAGAAAAUGUUUUUCAGUUUUGAGUGUGUUGUUACAACGUAUCUCCAUGUUUGUUCUGUUUUCGUGUGUUGAAGUUUGUCACCCUUUUAUUUAACUAUAUGAAACUUUUGCUCCCAACAGUAUUAGGACUUUCUCAGCGUUGAAAUUUCAUCACUCGGAUGAAUAUGGUCCGAAUAAGCUGUUUAUGUUAAAUGAAAUGAGCAUCCCAUGAGCUCAGCUCGGCUUGUUAAGGCGGUUGAGUUGAACUCAAGCUUGAUCUUUUUUAACGUGCAUUUAGCUAAUGAGGCAGGUAAGACUCGAGCAUAGGG